GAGGGUGACAGGAAACCCUGUGCAGGGAGCGCCGCCAUCUUGGACCAGCCCGAGGAAGAGCCAAAGGGAGCCGCGGGAGCAGUCGCUGCUGCCACCGCUACUGCUGCCACCGGGUCCGCACCUCUUCGUAUAGCCCGCCCACCUACCGGUGGCCUCGGCCGACUGCCCCCGCCUCUUCUCUCGCUGCUUCCGCACUCCUCUUUCUCGUCCUGACGCCCCCCUCCCGCCCGGAAAGCUGCCCAGCCACCAGCAACCCCCCAGUGCCACCAUGGCAACUGCACCAUACAACUACUCUUACAUCUUUAAAUAUAUUAUUAUUGGGGACAUGGGAGUAGGAAAAUCUUGCUUGCUUCAUCAAUUUACAGAAAAAAAAUUUAUGGCUGAUUGUCCUCAUACAAUUGGUGUUGAAUUUGGUACAAGAAUAAUUGAAGUUAGUGGCCAAAAAAUCAAACUGCAGAUUUGGGAUACGGCAGGACAGGAGCGGUUUAGGGCUGUUACACGAAGUUACUACAGAGGAGCUGCGGGAGCGCUUAUGGUGUAUGAUAUCACUAGAAGAAGUACAUAUAAUCACUUAAGCAGCUGGUUGACAGAUGCAAGGAAUCUCACCAAUCCAAAUACUGUAAUAAUUCUCAUAGGAAAUAAAGCAGAUUUGGAGGCACAGAGAGAUGUUACAUAUGAAGAAGCCAAACAGUUUGCUGAAGAAAAUGGCUUAUUGUUCCUUGAAGCAAGUGCAAAAACGGGAGAGAAUGUAGAAGAUGCCUUCCUUGAGGCUGCCAAGAAAAUCUAUCAGAACAUUCAGGAUGGAAGCCUGGAUUUGAAUGCUGCAGAGUCUGGUGUACAACACAAACCCUCAGCCCCGCAGGGAGGCCGGCUAACCAGUGAACCCCAACCCCAGAGAGAAGGCUGUGGCUGCUAGUGACCUCUUUGCUGUGGCCUCUCAUUUGACCUUUCAACUCUGUCUGUUGGAAGCAGUACUUUUUACUGCCUCAUUGUCUUCUGUACAUCUUACUGGGUUUAAUUAAAAAAAAAAAAAAGAAAAAACAACUCUGUUGUAAAAACAGUUAACACAAUACUAAACUGCUAAACAACUAGAUGUAAUCAGGUUAUAAAAGGCAAGUAGAGUAAUAAAUCUCUCCUGCAUGGUAAAUCUAGACAUUCCCCCCCCCCCCUCGAUUGUCCUCGUGAUAGGUAUGUCACCAAUACAUGAUUUAAAUUGAGCACUGAUGCUGGACUUACUGAUUUUUACCCCUUCCCACCUUUUUUGGCAAGGCUUUGUCUUAUUAUAUGGUUUAAUUUUAUGGUAUCUUAAGCCUUUCCCUCCAUCUUUAACCGUUCAAGUAUGUCUGUUGUAACCAAUAAGCUUAUUGCUGUGAAAUGACUUCUGAUGGUAGAGAAGAGGUUUUAUAACUGCUUUUUUGGUUUUGUUUUUGUUGGAUUCCUUGUUGCGUGAGUGACGUUUUUCUUGAGGUUUGCUUCUGUCUUAGCCUUGCACAGGGAAAAUAUCCCUUUAUCUUUCCUCUUGAGCUUUAUUGAUAGCUUUAUCCUUUUUUUUCCAUACUAUUUUAUCCUUUUCUCUUUAAAAGAAAGUAAAUAUGUAUAAAAUUAGAAGGAACUGAACUAACAAUACAUUCUGUGUAUAUUAUUUUAAUGAAGAAAAUAAAUUGAUUACUGGCAUUAGAACAGUAUAUAAAAUACCAGUUUGUACAGUAUGAUCUAUAUGUGACCAUGUUACUCCCUUCCAUUUCACACAAGGAAAUUUUAGACACAACUGCAGUUCACAAGUAAUAAGGCUCUACUCCUUGGUGCUGGCAGCAUUUGGGGACAUUAUGCUGGAAAGAGCUCCUAGCCUGAGAGGAUUAACACUAGCAGAUUCUGUUCCAUCUUUGUACUGUGGCUUACCUGCUGAUUUUCUUAACUGUUCUUGUGCAAUCGACAAUGUGCUAACCUGCUUUUCUCUUUUUGUAAACGUUUUGCAUUACAGGCUGCGUUUCUUGCCUUACUGUAUAGAAAAAGAAAAAAGGCUGGAUUUAUUCUUGCACAUUUUAAUCUUUUAUACCUUUGUCUUUUUGGAAUGGUCAUAUUCUGAACUGGACAGCCAGAACCAUAGGUCUGCUGUUAAGGGAUUUUAAAUUGUGCAUUUUUAACACUACAGUGAAAUAAUUUAAGAUGUCCCUUGUGUUCAUAGUAUGAGGGGUUAUUUUAUGUCACGUUGGCAUAAAUUGUUUUGUAAAAGGGAAAGUGUACUAGUGUCUCAACGUUCUUGCUGAUACAAAGUAAGUUACUACUUUGCACUAGUGGUUUGGCCACUGAAAGAAUACCGUAUUGCAGGAGAAAUAAUCAUAUCUUUAGACAGCACACUUAGUUUUUACCAAGUUCUUCACCUCAGUUGAUUGAUUUCUAAUUGAGUUUAUGGUUCAGAGGCUGGGAAUCAAGAAGUUAUUUGAAGUAGGAUAGGUAAACCUCAGCAAUAUGAACUUAGCUCAGCUGCUGUGUUUAAAAUACACAUUUUAAAUCCUCUUUACAGACAAAGUAAAAGUACAUCUUUCUGGGUUGUAAACACAUGGUAGUACCAGAGUAUUGUAUAGUCACAGUUAAAUAAAAGCCAAAACUGGAAUGUGUAGAAAAUAGGAUUUGGUUAAUUUGUGGACUCAUCUUUAUUUUUGUCUUUGUUUAGCUUAUUAAAAAGAUUCCUGAAGUAGAUUGGUAUAUUCUGUUAAAGACUUAUAGUGAUCCACUCUGCUUACACUGUUGCAUCACAAGGGACUCGCCCAGGGACCAUGACCUGCUGGUAGGUGUAUAUAGUUACAGAAACAAAGCAAACCACCCACUGGGAUAUACAGUAGCAAUCCAAAUUAAAGACCGUGGCUUCUUGUUUAGGUGCAAUAUCCUGAUUCCCAAAGUUAGUUACAGUGGGUCUUAUUGUUUUUGUGACAGAAGGAUUUAUUCAGACUGCUGUACUCUUCAUUUGAUGUAACAAAAUGCUAUUAAUCUAAAUAUUUGUAAAUAAAGUACCUGUAUCUAGAUUACGUAAAA